AUGAACCGGCUGUACGAUUCGAUGGAACCAAGAGUGAUGGAUGAUGAACUGCUCAAGCUGGCCGUGGCAGAGCAGGGCCCCCGUGAGGAGGCUGGGCAGCUGGCCAAGCAGGAGGGCAUCCUCUUCAAGGAUGUCCUGUCUCUACAGCUGGACUUUCAGAACAUCCUCCGGAUAGACAACCUCUGGCAAUUUGAGAACUUGAGGAAGCUGCAGCUGGACAAUAACGUCAUUGAGAGGAUUGAGGGCCUGGAAAACCUCAUACAUUUAGUCUGGCUGGAUCUGUCCUUCAACAACAUUGAGACCAUUGAGGGGCUGGACACACUGGUGAACCUGGAGGACUUGAGCUUGUUCAACAACCGCAUCUCCAAGAUUGACUCCCUGGAUGCUCUGGUCAAGCUGCAGGUGCUGUCACUGGGCAACAAUGAGAUCUUCAACAUGAUGAAUAUCAUCUACCUGCGGCGGUUCAAGGACCUGCGGACACUCAGCCUCUCUGGAAACCCCAUCUCAGAGGCAGAGGAUUACAAGAUGUUUGUCUGUGCCUACCUUCCUGAUCUUGUGUACCUGGACUUCCGGCGUAUUGAUGACCUCACGGCAAAGGUGGCAGAGAUCAAGUACCAGUAUACCAUCGAUGAGCUGAAACACCGUGAGACCCUAACACAGGCCCAGCAGGAGGAGGCGCGGGCCCAGAGGGAGGAGCUGGAGGUGCAUAAGGCUGGGUUCAUCGAACACUUCAACAGCUCCUUCCUGUUUGACAGCAUGUAUGCUGAGGAUACGGAGGGCAAUAAGCUGGCCUGUCUGCCUGGCGUCAGCGAGCUCCUCGAAGCAUAUCCUUUCAACUACAAGGACAAAUUUGUCAUCAUCUGCCUGAAUAUUUUUGAGUAUGGCCUGAAACAGCAGGAGAAGCGCAAAGUGGAGAUUGACACUUUCAAUGAGUGCAUACAAGAAGCUAUCCGGGAGAACCAGGAGCAGGGCAAACAGAAGAUCAUUGAAUUUGAGGAGAAGCAUCUACAGAACUUAAGUGCUAUUCGAGAGGAGUCCGAAAUGCCUGUUAUUGAGAUGAAGAUAGUGGAGUGUGGCGAGGACAUCACUCAGCUGUUCAAUGUGCUCAUGACCCUGGAACUGCAGCUCGUGGAGCAGCUGGAGGAGACAAUAAACAUUUUUGAAAGGAACAUCAUUGACUUGGUGGGACUUUUUAUCGAAAAUGUCCAAAGCCUCAUGGCUCAGUGCCGGGACCUAGAGAAUCACCACCACGAGAAGCUCCUAGAGAUCUCCAUCAACACCCUUGAGAAGAUUGUCAAAGGCGAGCUCGAUGAAGACUUGCCUGAUGAUGUUCGCACGCUUUUUGUCGACAAAGACACAAUUGUCAAUGCUGUUGGGGCAUCACAUGACAUCCACCUCCUGAAGAUUGACAACCGGGAGGAUGAGCUAAUCACAAGAGUCAACUCUUGGUGCACACACUUAGUGGACAAGAUUCAUACAGAUGAAAUCAUGAGGAACCGCAAACGUGUGAAGGAGAUCAAUCAGUACACUGACCACAUGCAGAAUGAGCUGGAUAAUCUGGAGUUCGGCGACAUUCUCGAUUAG